CAAAAUAUUAUGAUGAAAAAAUAAAGUUGGCAUUGCAAUGUAAAACGGAGGGAACAAUAACUCAGCGCAUGAAACGACACCAAAAAUUACGCACAAGGCCAACUCAGUUAUAGAGCGUUAUAUUCAUUCUCUUCAUCACUACUUCCAUUCACUCAUCUCAUCUCAUUCUCUUUUGAUCAAACAAUCUUUCUUUGUGUGCAUCCAUGGCCUCAAAAACUUCUCACUCUUCAUCCAAACAUCAUCAAAAACAAGGAGAGGCAGCAAAAGACGCUCCUGGUAGAAUCAUGACGACUAAGAUUAAACAGUUGACAGAUCAAACACUUGCAGAACGUUCGGAAUCAGUUAAAGAGAAAGUUCAAAGACAUUGGAAGAAUCUUGAGCCUUUGUUUUCAAUGGUCGAAUCAACAAUAUCAAGGAGGGAGUCUUUGCAGACUAAGCCAAAUGUCAAUUUGCUUUCAUCAAGAAUUUCCAACCCUUUAUGUAAGCUCAAUGGUUUCUCUAAGGGUAUGGUAGAGAAGGAUCGCAUAAACAAUGUAGACUUAUCAUUGGCAAAAGGCAAUAGGAUUCCGCACAAGGAAAAAUUACCACCGUAUACAUCUUGGGUAUAUGUGGCGAGAAAUGAAAAAAUGGCUGAAGAUCAAUCAGUUAUUGGAAAAUACCAAAUGUACUACGAUAAAAACAAAGGUGAAAUGGUGAUAUGUAGUGACAGUGAAGAAGAGAUAGAGGAAGUUAAACAUGACUUCACGGAGAUUGAAGACCAAAUUCUGCGGAUGACACUUGAGGACUACGAGUCUACUCGGAAGGUCUUAGGUGUUGUUAAAGAGUCCAUUAAAACUACUGAUUCACAAAUUCAGGAGAGGUAUGAAAAGCUCAAGGAAAAGAAUAAUGAGAUUCUAGAUCAAAACACUGAACCUUGUGAUUGUAAAGGAUGUGAAUCUCAUAUUGGAAUAUGUCUGGAGAAAAGCUUGAGUGAUAAUUUAGAAAAUUAUGAUAUCCUCUUCUGUCGUCAGUGCUAUAUCUUUGAUUGUCCUGUGCAUGGCACUAAUCAACCUCUAAUAUAUCCUAGUGAAAAACAACCAAUUUGGUUUGAGCCUGAAGGUAGCAGGAAACCAUGCAGUGAUCAGUGUUACCUUCUGAACAAGGGAGUUGUUGAUGGGCAAAAAGAUCUCACAAAUGAGAUACAAGCUAAUCAGUUGUCCAAUUCAAUGGAAAUGCAAGUUGAUGAGACAACAAAUAACUCAAAUUGGAAACCUCUGGAGAUAGAUUUAUAUUUGAAGGGCCUAGAAUUGUUUGGAAAAAAUAGUUGCCUUAUAGCCCGUAUCUUGCUUUCUGACUUGAAGACUUGCUUGGAGGUAGCUAGGUACAUGUUUUCUGGCGGAGAGUCGAUGCCCCAUGGAUCCAUACCAAGUUCAAUGAUGGAUAUAAAUGAAAAGAUUAAUGCAGAGUCCUCAGACAAAGAAAUGGCAUCAAAAUCGAAGUCGCAACGAAAAAAGGGAAAACCUAGAAAGUUCAACUACUCUCGGAAAUCUGCUGGGCUCCCUCCUAGAUUGAGAAAAAUUGCUUAUGGGGAAAGCCUAUGUAAUAAGCAAUAUAGUCCUUGUGGGUGUCACGGAAUGUGUGGAAAGGAAUGUCCUUGUCUUCUUAAUGGAACUUGUUGUGAAAAAUAUUGCGGGUGUUUUAAGCUUUGCAAUAACCGGUUUAGAGGAUGUUAUUGUGCUAAGAGCCAAUGUAAAAGUCGACUAUGCCCAUGCUUUGCUGCUAAUCGUGAAUGUGACCCAGAUGUCUGUCGAAAUUGUUGGGUCAGUUGUGGCGAUGGUUCACUGGGGGAGCCACCUCGAUGUGGAGAUGGUCAAUGCGGAAACAUGAAUAUUCUUUUAGGGCAAAAACAAAGGAUUCUUUUGGGAAAGUCAGAUGUCGCUGGGUGGGGAGCCUUCACGAAGAACCCAAUUAAGAAAAAUGCUUGUCUUGGAGAGUAUACUGGUGAGCUCAUCACUCAAAAAGAAGCAGACAAGCGUGGGAAACUAUAUCAUCGUAUAAACAUUUCAUUCCUUUUUAAUCUCAAUGAUCAGUGGGUUAUUGAUGCAUGCCGCUUUGGAGACAAGCUAAAAUUUGCAAACCACUCCUCAAAACCUAAUUGCUACGCAAAGGUGAUGCUUGUUGGAGGGGACCAUCGAGUUGGGAUAUUUGCAAAGGAAAACAUUGAAGCUGGUGAUGAGAUCUUCUACGAUUAUUACUAUGCUUUAGAGAGUGCACCAGCUUGGGCUCUUCCCUCCAAAGACGAGACUUCAAAGAAAGAUGAAGUAGCAUCUUCUCGGGGCAAGGCAAAGAAACACCAUUGCCGUUAGGAAAACUUAUUGGUGAAAUAUUCAUUACCUUUUAAUGUUGAUGAUUUUCCAUAAUCCAACUUUGAUUUAAUUUUUAAUUUAGGAAUCAAAUCAAUUCCUUGCGUAAGUUAUUCUAUUGGAUGGGUUAAAAAUUUCAAGAA